AAUCUACUUCAACUCAAUCUUCUUUAGAAUCUUUGUACCAAGUUUCCUCACAUCAACAAUCUAUUUCUCAACAAUCUACUUCUCAACAAUCUAUUUUUCAACAAUCUACUUCUCAACAAUCUACUUCUCAACAAUCUACUUCUUAA